UUCCUCUUGCUUGUUUGUACUUCCUGUCUGCGAAGUCGUACAUUUACAACGUUAUAGCAAAAUAGUCGAAAAGGUUUUUGAUUUGAGAGUGCAGCGAGGUUCGAGAAUGGACGACGAAGAGACUGGUAAUGCCGAAAACCAACAACGCAACGACCUGAAAACCCUAAUCUCGUUCUACUCCAAUUAUCUGUGGAACCAAGCUCUCACUUUCAUUCCCUCUUCCGAUUCCAAUUUUCUCCGCAAAAUUUUCAACCUCUAUCGCCAAUCAGCUCGCGCCAGGUCGAGGAGGCGUCGAGCAUCUCUUCCUCUUCCAUUGCCUUCCAACGCUCUCGACUCCUCUCUGGUAGAAACAGAGGCAUCUAGGGUUUUUGAGGUUCUGGAGAACAUUUUGGAACACAGCUGUUUGAACUUGCAUAACAUUCAGAAGAACUUGCAAUUUUGGCAAUCUAAGGCUGAGGGAUCAAAUGCUCAAAAAGUAUAUUUUAUGGUUUUUGAGAGAGGCCCACGGGCUUUUAUUGAUGGAACAAUUCAGCUGAUACGUGAAUAUGUUGCUGAAGGUUCUUCCUUGCAGCAAUUAUCUCAUUCUGCGUCUACUUACAUUCAUGAAAGAAUAUCCAUUUUAACUAGCUUAAGGUGUUCACUUGCCACAUUUUUGGCCCAGGUCUAUGUUGCAGUUGACCAGUCUGGAAAGGAGUUAGUGAAUGAUCCAGAGAAUUCACUGCCAUCUUUAUUGGUUGUAAUUAAUUCUUUAUUCUCACAAUUAGAGACAUCCAUUGGCAAUCUACAUGCCAUGCGUCAGGUUGAUUCAUCAAUUGAUGCAAGCUACUCAUUUCCACUACUGUUUGAGAAACUGCCAGAAGUAAAUCAAGAAGGAUCCCAGUGGACAGAUUGUGAAAUCAAGGAUACUAUCAACUUGGUUUAUCUAAAUCUGAGCAAAUUGGAUUCUUACUUAUCGUUUAUUGUUGCCAAGCAUCGUAAACCAAGGAAGGUAACUCAAUACUGGAUCCGCUAUAUGUGUGGGGCUGUUGGCCUUUCAGUUUGUUCUAUAUGGCUCCUGCAACAUAGUAGUUUGAUGGGAAGUCCUGACAUUGACAAUUGGGUUCGUGAAGCAAGGAAUUCCACUGUUAGCUUUUUCAAUGAUCACGUAGAGCAACCGCUUCUGUCUAUUAGAGAUGAACUUUUUGAGACAUUUAGAAGGAGACACAGAGGUGUAAUGGAGCUUGAAGAAGUGCAGUUAACGUCUAAUUCUCUACAUAGGAUGUUGUUGGCUUUUAGUGAGCAGACAAAAGGGCAAAAGUUCCCAGAGAAUGCAUCAGAUCAGGAAAUGCUUGAAAUAGUUAUGGCCAGGUAUGAAAAGGAACUUACGCAUCCCAUCCAGAACCUUCUUAGUGGAGAGCUUGCUCGUGCCUUGCUCAUCCAGGUGCAGAAACUAAAGUUGGAUAUUGAGACGGCAAUGCUUGAACUCAACCAGAUUCUUAGGGCGAAUGAGAUCAACUUUGCUAUUCUAGCUGCAUUACCUGCAUUUUUUCUCUCCCUUCUUUUGCUAAUGUUAGUCCGUGCGUGGCUUAAACAGGAUACUAGAGCAGAAGGAAGGGGAAGAAUUGCUCGGCUUCAGAGGAGGCUACUUCUUGUGGAGGUUGAGAAAAAGAUAAUGCAAUAUCAAACUUAUAUAGAACAAGGGCUGGAAAGCGAUGCACAAUGCAUGUUUGGAUUGCUAUUAUAUAGUUUGGAUCGCCUAUACCUUGCUGUUGAGAGACAUGCAAAAGCAAGUGGUGAAUGGCAGUGUUUAAAGCAGGAUAUCAUUGACUUAGGAAAGCCUGGGCUUCAAACUGCAUAUAAGCUCACUGUGACGUCACGUAUGGAACGGAUGUAUGACUCUCUACUUCCCUCACUGAAACGACAAUAGCUUUUGUUUUAGGUUUUGCAUUUUUUUUUUUUUUCACAAUUUUGGUCCGUGAAUGCCCGAUUUAAAAUUCUGUAUGGAUUAUAAAAUUUUACGUCUAAUACAAAAGUGAAUUCAGGAUUUUAAAUUUUAUGUGUUGUAUAAUUAGACACAAGUGGAGUUGGUUUGACCUAUGAUUAAUUUUUAAGUUACAUGUUAGAAGUGAAAUAUUUAUACAUUA